AUGCCGGGAACUGUAGUGCCGGCGGCUGGAAGCCUGGCCCUAUCCCAGAGUUGCUGCUGGAGGGGAGACCCGUUCGCAACCGAGCCCAAAGAGGCGGCGGCCCUUAGCCUGUCCCCCAGGAUCUCGCUCCCCCCUACCGAGCUCCCUGGGUCCCCUCCUGCCCCAUACCACCAACCCGUACGGGGCUGGCCACUGGAUGGCCACCAACAGCACAUGAGGCGCCCCGGAAGGCUGGGGAGGCCAGUGGGGUCAGCCCACCCAGUGCUUGAUUUGUGCCGGGUCCGAGCCCCGGGCUUGGCUGAUCACAGCCGGGCACUUCCGGCUUGGCGCAUCAGUUAUGGAUUUAAAUAUAUUGCUUUAGCCCAGCCCCUCUUCCAUUACACACAAAGCCUGGGCAAGGCCGGAGCUCGCGGGGAGUUCAUCCUGGAAGAUAUCUUGCUGCUGAGGGUGACCUGGGAAGCAAGGGAGGGUCUUCUACUGCAAUGCGGCUUCCACCCUGGCCCAUAUGCAGCUUGCCUGUGUGCAGCAAUGGUCCCCCCACCCCUCAAAGCACAGUGGCGCAGACAUGUUAGCCUGACUGGGACAAGGACCACGGUGGCUCUCCCACGAAACCUGCGCAAGUGCAUUGCCCAAGUUCUGGAUGAGACCUUUGAAGAGAUCACUGAGGCCGAUUACCGCGAUGUGAGAGAGCACAUCAACGCCCUAUUCUGCAUCUAGGCACGCAUGCAGCCCUAACCCUCCU